AUGUCGGACAGAAUACACUUCCUCUCGGGCCGCCACAUCGUCGUUGCCGGCGGUGGCAUCGCAGGCCUCUCGUUCGCGGUCGCUCUCCGCAAGCUCUGGCCGCCCCAGGUCCCUCCACCAAAACUCACCAUCCUCGAGCGGGACUCGAAGGAAGAUGCGCUGGGCCGCGCAGGCUACAGCCUCUCGCUGGCCGGCUAUGACGAGACCGGCGGGCUAGUGGCGCUCCGAGACCUCGGAUUGCUCGAUACCAUCCUCAAACACGCCAUCCUCGGCACGCAGGACGGCAGCACCGGGGCUUCGUUCAAGGCGUGGAACCCGGAUUGGACGGAGCUGCUUAGCGUCCGGUUCAAGCCCGCUCCAGGGCUGCCAACGUCGUCGAUCCGGAUUGCGAGGAAGAACCUGCGCAAGACGCUCAUCGAUGCCGUACCGGACGAAGUCCGAUGGGAAUCAACUUGUUUAUCGGCUACCAAGACGAAGAAUGGACGGGUCUCACUGCGUAUCUCCGGGGGUAAUGGAGGCAAGCCGGAGUCGACUGUGGAAUGCGACUUGUUGGUUGUGGCCGACGGUGCGAGCAGCAAGGUCCGGGCGAGUCUGCGUCCCGACGAUCAGUUGGAGUAUGCCGGCGCUGUCCAGUUAAUAGGCCAAGCAAGUUUCCCAAACGGCAUCCCCCCACCUCUCGACAGGAAUUGGGGGCAACAGCUAUCCGGCGGUCAUGGCGUAGCCUGUUUUUACUCUCCUGUUGACAGUCACAGCGUGGUGUGGGGGCUCAGUUAUGUGGAUCCAACAUUCCGGCCCAAGGUCGGUCCAUUCCGGAGCCGCGAAGAGAUCCUCCCCGUGCUUGAGGAGGCGCGACGACGGGGCCACAUGCUUGGCCCGCGGUUUCUCGAGGUGCUAGAUGCCACGGAGGACCCAACGAGCGUUCUUGUGUCGCCGGCGCGCGACAAGAAACCGUUUGCGCACAACCCGUCCGAACUCGGGCCCGUGGUGUUUAUCGGCGACAGCAACCACGCGGUGAGCCCGUUUGCCGGGUACGGUGCGAGUCUCGCUCUCAAGGACGGCUGGGACCUCGCGGAGAAAGUUAUCCAGGCCAGUUCGGUUGACAGCGCCAUUCGGAAUUACGAUGCGGUCAGCGUGCCGCGGGCCGUCAAGGUGCUGCAGACGUCGAGAACACGGAUCAAGCACGGGCAUAGUACGGGUGUCUCGUACUUUUUGUUUCGGACAUUUUUAUCUGUGAUGGGGUAUCUGCUCUGGCUAUCAGGGAGGGCCUAA